AUGGCCGCCAUGGAACCAAUUCACCAGCAGGAGUUAUGGAAGCAGGUCUUCCUUGUUUGGACAACAGAGGGGGAGCUUGAAUUGCUUUCUGAAUACAGAUGGAGUUUCUCAAAUCUGGAAGGUGCAUUUAAAGAGGGUGGGGUAUUACAUGGGAAGACAGUCUACCUCUUCACUUCUACAGAGCCACAAUUGCUCCGUUUUGGUGAUGUUCAGUGGAAAUUAACCCACAUACCUGCAGUCAUUGCAGUUGUAUCUCCAUUUCCACCUUCUGAUAAGAUUGGAAUUGCUUCUAUACAAAUGGGGUAUGAAGAAAUCCUUGACAUGAAAGAUGUGAAUAUGGAUUGGGUCCCAUAUAUUCCAUUGGGGAAACGGGGUUGUUUGGAUGAAAGGACUAAACCUCAAAUCUUCAUGCUAAGCUCAUGUGUCCAACGAGGGGAUGGGUUAAAACAUUUGAAUCCGAAGAAAUUUGAAUACUGCUUACCAUACGUAUAUAAUCCCUCUAAGGAAGAUGAGAGUAUUAGUCUAAAUAUCGUGUAUCCUCCAUUGGAACCAAACCCUGUUGUCACCAAGUUUGAUUGGGAGUUAGAUGAUCUUGAGAAACUCACUGGUCUGCUGAUUGAUGAAAAGAAAUUGACUGAAGAUCAGAAGGAUGCCUUCAAGGAACAUGUCGAGGAAAAGGUUGAAGAAGCAAAAAGAGCUAUCCAGCUUGCAAAGGAAAAGCGAGAAGACACGUGUGCAGAGAUAAUUCGUGCAUAUGAGAAGAUGGAGUUCUAUAAAUUCUAUCCUGUUGCCACGCCCGACACCCCAGAUAUCUCAAUAUUCAAGUCUCCAUUCAUUAACCGGUACUACGGAAGCGCACAUCACCUAUUUUGA